CGUUGAGUGUCAUUCAUCAGCACUUGCUCACGACCAACUCCUUUGCAGACAAGGGAUGGUUAUUUAGGUAGACGAAUCUGUAGCACAAUUUAUAAACUUCUCGCCGCAACGAACCACACCAGGUUGACGACAAAUGCAAAAUAGAAGCAUCGUCCAGGCGUGUCUGCACGCGAGAGGGUAUGCUUCCGUCGCAGCCGUCCCCUCCGGUGCCAUCAAAAUUGAUCCUGAGGUCUUCAAUCGCCAAUCCGUCAAGCCUGCAGGAUCACGCAAAUCCAUCCUGCAUGCAGAUUAUGUCGACUACUACCGGCGGCAUCGGACCAUGUUGCUCUUACAGCACAACAACUUGACACAGGCAGACUUGCUGAAACUACGAACAGAGUUCAAAGCGCUAGGUGCGCGUAUACGGAUCGUACGUGUGGGUAUCUUUCAGCAUGCAGUCAGAGUGGCUGAAGUGACCAAGGCGGAUGAAGCACUGCAGCAACUAGACGUCAACUCAAAGCAAGUUUAUAAGCUCACGAAACGACUUGGUCGGGAACGGCUGGGUGUUGGACUCAGGCUCACUGAUCUAUUGUCAGGACCUAUCUGUGCUAUAACAUUUAACCCGUCGCCGCAGCAAGCGUCAACGGCGACAGAAACGAGGGAAGAAACAGUUUCCAACGAUGCCGUUGAGCCUGAAGCACUGCAAAAGGUGCUCUCUCUCGUGAAGUCCACAAACAACAAAAUGCUGCUCCUUGGUGGUAAAUUUGAAGAUACAGUCUUUGCUGUGGACGCACUGGAGCGUGUCUCACAGCUUCCUGCGCUGCCCAUCUUGCAAGGCCAGCUGCUGAGUUUGCUGGGAGCUAGUGCACAGAGGCUCGUUGCGCUGCUUGGUAGUCCUGCACAGAGACUGGCUGCGACUGUGGAUGGCCGCCGUGUGCAGUUGGAAGAGGAAGGGUCUGAUGGCUCAUCCAAGUCUGCAUAGGCUACAAUGAUCUCCAUAUCUGCGCAUAGGAAGCAUUUCACGACUAAAUUGAGUGCUGAGGUGUGACUGCGCGUCCAGAAAACAUU